CUGGAGUUGCUCCUAAACGAAGUAGAAUAAAGUCCAUUUUGUUAGCUUCGCUCGUGCUCGCUGUCUUCCCGCUGUUUUGCCACUAGCUUAGCGAGCUAGCAAUCGUUAGCCGAGAGCGGUAGCCGCCUGCCCAGUCUUGAAAGGGAACGUCCCAUUGUGUUUAUCCAAACGGCCAACAACCAGUGUUAGCAUCUUGAGGAUAUACACGAAGUUUCAUCUCACAGCACAAGCCAUCGCCCACAGAGGGCUUCCGUAGCUUCAGAGGGGCAUUCAUGACAAAGGCAGCCCUCAGGAGAAGAGUACAAAAUAAUUUGGAAGGAAGCUCGCCACUCUUUUGAGAGACAAUGUCCAAGGGUGGAUCAGAAGAAAUGAUAGAGAUCGAGAUUGACGAACGGGAAAAACAAGCAUGCAUAGAGGAGGGAAGCAUGGAGGAACAGACCAUCAUGGCGGCAGAUCUGAUCCAGCAAGACAUCGACAUCAACGAGCCAGUCGGCAAUUUGAAGAAGUUGUUGGAGCCUCGUCUCCAAAUAUCACUGGAUUCAUUUGAAAUAUGCUUGCAGGACAUUCAGUUGCACCCAGAUCACAGCCUCUUUGAUCAGGGCGUCAAAACAGAUGGCACGGUGCAGCUCAGCCUGCAGCUCAUCACCAAACCAGGCGACGAGAAGCUGAACAUCUUGGAGAUCGUGAAGCCCGUCGAGACAGUGGAAGUGGUGAUCGACCCGGAUGCGGCGGGGGAGGAGGGCUCGCUGGUGGACGAGGGACAGCUCAUCGCCGUGGAGCGAUCCGGCCUGUCCGACGAGACUUCGGAGCAGGUGACGCGCUGGGCCGCUGCGCUGGAAGGGUACCGCAAGGAGCAAGUCCGGCUCGGCAUCCCAUAUGACCCCGUUCUGUGGACGGCCGACCAGGCGAUCCACUGGGCUGUGUGGGUGAUGAAAGAAUUCAACAUUGACGAAAUGGAAAUAGGGAGCAUUCACAUCCCCGGUCGAAACCUUUGCGCCUUCAGCCAAGAAGAGUUCCUCCAGAAAGUGCCAAACGGAGAGAUCCUUUGGAGCCACCUGGAACUCUUACGCAAAUAUGUUUUGGCAAGCCAGGACCAGUCCGGGGGGGACGCCACUGUCACCAUUGAUCAACCUGUGCAGAUAAUACCGGCGCAAGUCAGCACGCCCACGGCCAUUAAAGUGUUGAAGCAGAACCGCGGACCCCGAGCGCCCCGCAUUUCCGGAGAGGAGCGCAGUUCUCCCGGCAACCGCACAGGCAACAACGGUCAAAUCCAGCUGUGGCAGUUCCUGCUGGAGCUGCUGACAGACAAAGACGCCAGGGACUGCAUUUCCUGGGUGGGCGAGGAGGGCGAGUUCAAGCUCAACCAGCCCGAGCUGGUGGCACAAAAGUGGGGCCAGCGGAAGAACAAGCCCACGAUGAAUUACGAGAAACUCAGCAGAGCCCUCAGGUAUUACUACGACGGCGACAUGAUCAGCAAGGUGCAGGGCAAGCGCUUCGUGUACAAGUUUGUGUGCGACCUGCGGACCCUGAUCGGAUACAGCGCCGCCGAACUCAACAGCCUGGUGGCGGAGUGCGAGCAGAAGAAGAUGUCGCGAGUGCAGGUGCACGGCAUCGGGCAGCCCAUCACCACAGUGACGUUGGCCACCACGCUAGACAAGGACAGCUGAAGGAGGAGAAGGGAGGCCUGAACUCUCGAACUCCCCCAAUGAACCCUGCUGCCACAGCCGAGUGGAUGAACACUUUAUUUCGGCAUUUUUUUUCAAAACCACGAAAGAGGUGGACAGCGAUUCCAAAUGAGACGUGGCAACACGUGAACGCUUUGAAUGUGACUGAAAUAAUGUCUUCCUUGUCUGUAGUGACGAUCAUUGUGUACAUAUGUACACUAAUACAACACACACACACACA